AAAUAUCAGGAUUCCAAGAAGCAAAGCAGAGCACCAAAGGACCUGCUCGGAGUUGGCAAGAAUGGCAACAGAUAGCAAGGAGAUUCUUCUCAUGGAGGCACCGCCUCGUUAUACUGCAUCACCCCGGCUCCCUGGACUCCCUUGCAAAAAGCUCUUGAUUGGCGUGGUGGUUGUGGUAGUGAUAGUUUUAAUUGUUCUGGGUUUCCUUCUUAUGGGCCUGCACAUAACAGAGAAGCACACUGAAACGGUCCUGCAAAUGACCAUUCGAGGUCUGGAUGGAGAAGGCUCUCUGCAGCACCUUUCCAUGACUCAGAAAGAGAGGCUAGCAACUUUCCAUGCCCAUGUGGAUGGCAAUUCUUCCGCCACUGUGGUGUAUGACUACAGCAAUCUGCUGAUUGGGUACAGAUCCUGGCCAGGAGAGUCCUGCUAUAUCACCAAGAUGAACAAGGAGAACAUCCAAAGCCUUGAUACUGUCAUUAAAGCUUUCCAACAAGUUCAGACCAAGCCGCUUAUAUCACCCCGCCAGCAGUCUGAGGAGGAAGAAGGAGGGUUCCCUGUGUUACUGACCGAUCGUUCUCUCCUGAGCACCACAGUUAACAUCCUCUGCAGCAGCGUUCCAGUCUACUGGGCUUAGAGGAGAGGUGGGUGGCAAGCAGGUCUGACAGACGUAAAGGCUGAGGCCUAACUUACCCACCAACUAUAACCACAAAAAAAGUCUUAUAGCUGUGUUGCUGCCUGAAAGGUCCCUGCAAUGAAGCUCAGGGCGCCUCUCUUCCUACACAAUUGUGAAGCCUUUUACUAGGGUCUCAUUUCUGGGUACAAACUUAACCCUCCGCCAAAUGCUGCCUCUUCCAGCAAUGGAGGCCCAGGCUGCAUAAUCAGCAGAUUUAGUGUGCUGAAAUCUACCACUUCAGAUGGAAGGUGGGAGUUUUAAGUGUUUGAGUGCUUCCCCGGUAUAAAAAAUACAUACACAGGCACACGCUAGCAGCCUAUCAGGGCUUUGCUUGCCAGUUAUGGAGCAGGGAUUUUUUUU